UUUUUUUUUUUUUUUUUUUUUGGCCUAACUACACCACUCUAUAAGAUCAUCAACUGAUCCAACUCCAACAUGAAACCCCUUACCUACCUCUCCCUCCUCCUUGGCAUCUCUGCAACCACUGCCCUCGCUGCUCUCCGCCCAGACGCAACUCCUGACGAGGUCGCCGCGGCGGAAGCUGAGUGCGGGUCCCUGGGCGUGAUGAGGAUCGACCCAGCAGAGCUGCCCGAGGGCGUUACGAUGGCCGACGUCCGCAUGUGCGCCGACCAUCCACUCGGCCCCGGGGCGUACCCGGGUCCGGGUCCUGGUGCUUUCGCCAGGUUCCGUCGGUUCUUGCCGAGUUGGGUAUUUUGAGAGGACAGCCCAAGAGCUGGGUUGAAGCCCUGUAGUUAGUCCAGUAUGCAGGCUUCUUCUGCUCACGCGCAGGCUAGUUUUUCAUAUCCAGCCUGGUUGCCUGCGCUGUGCGGUGG